AUGUCUCAAUCAGGUCAACUUGGUUCAGCUACAGGAAGUAACAAGGGCAAAGCUAUGCUGCUUCUGAGGCUCAAAAUCACGGUGCCACGAUUUGAUAAUUCGGACUUGAUCAAAGGAUACUCUGGUACCCUCAUUGGGAGGUGUAUGAAUCCGAUGAUGCAGGAUAUGAACGCCCUUCUGAUUAUGUUUCCAAGGAUCUGGAAGGUGGAGGACUGUGUCGCUGGAGCAGACCUUGGUAUGGGGAGGUUCCAAUUCGACUUUGACGAAGAAGAGGACAUCAACUCUGUGCUUCAGAUGGAGCCGUACCACUUUGAUGGUUGGAUGGUGGUCCUAGUCCAGUGGGAGCCGAUAAUGGAGCCCAACUACCCUUCCUCUUUGACUUUUUGGGUGCGCAUAAUGGGGGUUCCCCUGCACUUCUGGGCUGACACCAGUUUUCGGAACACUGGGGAGGCUAUUAGAGCUGUUCAUGAAAUUGAUUUGGAUGGGGGCAGGGUCCGACUGACGCUAGAUGCUUUCAAGCCAGUCAUUCUUGCCUCGAGUGUCACAGCCUCUGUCACGAUGCAAGCCGCUGUCCAAUGCUUUAUCUGA